UAACACUUCAGAUCGCCUCCUCAGAUCAACAUGGCUGAAGGCACAGAGAUGGCAGCGCUGGAGGAGAGCUUCCGUAAGUUUGCUGUCUAUGGCGACACCAAAGCGACGGGGCAAGAGAUGAAUGGGAAGAACUGGGCCAAGCUGUGCAAGGACUGCAAAGUGAUCGAUGGGAAAGGGGUCACCAGCACAGACGUGGACAUUGUCUUCAGCAAGGUGAAAGGGAAGACCACCCGCAACAUAAACGUGGAGGAGUUUAAGAAGGCCUUGGAGGAGCUGGCCUCAAAGAGGUUUAAGGACAAGAGCAAGGAGGAAGCCUUUGAUGCCAUCUGCCAGCUGGUGGCUGGCAAAGAACCAGUCAACGUGGGCGUCACUAAAGCCAAGUCUGUGGGUGCUGUAGAGAGGCUCACAGACACGUCCAAGUACACGGGCUCCCACAAGGAACGCUUCGAUGAGACCGGCAAAGGCAAAGGCAAGAGUGGCCGGGAGAACCUCGUGGACACCAGCGGUUACGUGGCGGCCUACAAGAACGCAGGCACUUACGACGCCAAAGUGAAGAAAUAGGAGUGGCUGCCUUUCGUGGCCGCUCUUCCCAGACCCUAAUGACGUGCCCCUCUUGAUGGGAUUCAGCUUUGCUGGGCCUGCUCCAAGCCUCAGAGCUGCAGCUGGAAGGGGUGCCUGUUUCCCAAGCGGCCCAUGCAGUUGCUGUGUUAAGCCUCCAACCUCCUCCACAGAGGGCCUCUACAUCUCAGCUCGCUUCCUCUCUCACUGUGGCCCACACUGCUCCCCAGGUCGUCUCAGAUUGCUUCUCCUCAGAUGGUUGCCAAAGAUUCCCUUGCUUUGCUUGCUAGCUCUAAUCGUGAGGUGAGGUGUUCCUGCACCCAAGGAAAAGAAAAACUGCACACCCUGAAUUUACUGGUCGAUGACAGUUUCUGUCAGAUAAACAAGAUGGCAGCUUCUAAUCCACUCCUAGGCUUUUGACAGUGCCCCCCAGGCCUCAGCACAAUCCCACUCAUCAAUAAUAAAGUCUGGUUCCUAUACCCCAGGGCUCGCACGGCCUUUCCCUGUAGCACUGCUUUGAAUUGUAUAAGAAACUGUAUAUAUAAAUAAAGUUCUAUUACUA